AAUGGAGGUAAAAUGUUCCGCAAACAAAGGGAGGGAACUGGGCUAUCACCAAUGAGACAUCUGCUUACACCAGAAAAGGACAACAUGUGUUCAUGUCCACCAUUCGAGUGUACCUGUUCAAGAUGGAAUUUUCAAGGAAGUCCAAAGGUAGCAAACUCACCACCGUUUCCCGCCAAAAAGCUCAACUUCUACGGACCCGCUUUCUGCGAAAUCCCUUCAGGGUCUGGCAUGCAAUCACUGUCGAUAGAAAUAGACACAAACAAACAUUUAAGUCAUACAAAUAACUAUGGACUAUUUCCACAUGACAUUCAAACUAAUCUUCCACCGCCAUUUGUUCCUAAUGUUUCCCAAAUGUCAAAUUUUCCAAUGGUACCCAGUCAGAGCUCAUGUUUUGAGGCACGACAAUCAGACAUUUAUCCGUCUUCUGGUCCUGGAUUCAGGGAAACAAACUUUAAUGCUAAUUUCAGCCGACGAAGCUGUGAGCGUCUUGAACAUUCUGCUCAAGCUCAACUAUUUUUACCUUCAAAACGUUAUAGAUCAGCUAUGGAAUCAUGCAAUUUAUAUGAUAAACCUGAACAUGAUAUGUUCAGUUCUUCCGUGAAAAGGAUUAAAUCAGAGAACACAGUCACAUUACCUGAUUGUACGCGCAAUACUCUCGUUCCUAACCAGUCAGUGCACACACGAAAUGAACACACAGAUGGACUUUUUGACGAAAGCCUUGAUUUACUUAGUAGCCCGUUUGAAACUGAUAUAUAUUCUUCAUUAGUGCAGAGAUUUAACGACGGAGGUUUAAAUGCUACCCAGCCACAAACUGUUCCGGCAAACCCGGUUUCAACUGCACCAGUGUCUAGUAACCUUGCAGAGCUAAAGACGACUCAAACAUUGGAUUCAAGACCUAGAUCUUGUCAAGAAAUAUUACCUGGUUCAUCUCCUCGAACAAUGGAAAACACUUUUCGCAAUUGUAACACGGAGCCGAUACAAUCAACCACGGAGGCAUUUUCGGGGAAUUCAGGGUAUUUUCCUCUAUAUUCACAGUGCAUGGCACCAGAGACUCCUAGUCAGGCAUGUAGUUAUGAUUAUGACCAAAGACUUUCCCAUCAACAAGCCCAGUCACAAUCUCAAUACUGUAAUCAUAGCAUAAAUAUCACUUUAAGAUAUAAAUAAAUUGUCAGGCUGCUAGUCUGAAUACUGAUAUUUACAUCUCCCUAAAUGCAUUAUUUCCCCGUUGAUACCAGAAGUAAUGUAACUUCAUCCAUGGUUAUAGAAAUCAGAUCUAAAUGUAUGGUAAUUCAACUAUGAUUACAUGGAUAAAGAUUAUAUCUAGGAUUGAGGUCAGUUACGUUUGGCAAUCUUCGUUGCCAUGCUUUUGCACCUGUCAAUAUUUUGCCCGCCCAGGGGGGCGGCGGGCCGACCCGGGGGAAUUUGACAUUUCAAAAAUUUUGUUGUCUAAAUCCCCACCCUAGGGACAACCUUUUUUGUCUAAAUCCCACCCUAGAGCCUGGUUGGUACAUUAAAUGUUUGUCAAAUUCCCGCCUGUCGGGAAUGGUCUU